AUGACGCUAACAGAAUGUCAAAGUUUCUUAUUAACACUUACAGCUAUCGAAGACAACACUAAAAUCCGUGAAGAACGAAUUCUUAAUCUGGAGGCUAGACUUGACGAAGCUCAAGUUGAAAUACAAGCCUUAAAGAAACAACUCCGUGAAGUCAAUAAGACAGUGGACAACACAGAAGGGUCCCUUGGGUUCACUUACGGUGAGCAUGAUGACCUUGUGGAACGUGUCGCGAACUGUGAAAACGAGCAGUCAACUUGUUGGGAUGAGCUGACUCAUUUAAACAUCCAUAGUCGUCGAUGGAAUCUAAUUUUCUACAGAGUCAAUGAGUCCAAAGACAAGGAUUGUUUCUCGCUGGUACGUGACGUCUUAACCGAAAUUUAA